UUUCUUUUUUUAAUUCGGAUUCUCCAAGCAAGGAAAUCCUCUGGAAAACAAAGGGAGUUUUGUGGUCGCUGGAACGUCCGUACCGGCCAAUUAUCCGUGAGCUUGGUGCACAGGACGGAGAAGUUUCCGUUCGCCCGGACCAGUGCUGAAGCCGCCUCCUCUCCAUUGGUCAGGACUACCCAACACGCACAACUGAUCAUGGCCACCAACGGGACCAAAGCCUCGGACGGACACGUCUUAACGGAGACGGUGAGCGACGCUGCCACCACGCCAAACGACAAACCCAAAACCUUGGUGGUGAAAGUCCAGAAGACAAAAGAUGCGUUACCCGAGAGAGAAACGUGGAAUGGGAGAUUUGACUUUCUUCUCUCUUGUGUCGGAUACGCAAUCGGACUCGGAAAUGUCUGGAGAUUUCCUUAUUUAUGCGGAAAAAACGGAGGAGGAGCCUUCUUGAUCCCCUACUUUUUGACCCUCAUAUUUGCUGGCAUGCCGCUGUUCUUUUUGGAGACGGCUCUUGGUCAGUACACUUCUAUUGGAGGACUUGGAGUGUGGAAGCUGGCCCCCAUUUUCAAAGGUGUGGGCAUAGCUGCAGCAGUUCUGUCCUUCUGGUUAAAUAUCUAUUACAUUGUAAUCAUUUCCUGGGCUAUUUACUAUCUGUACAACUCCUUCACUGCUGAGCUGCCAUGGCAGACUUGUGGCAAUUCCUGGAACACAGAGCGUUGUUACACCAACUACAGCAUCUCAGACACCAGAAACCUCACAAGCGCCGUGGUGGAGUUCUGGGAACGUAACAUGCACCAGCUGACCGAUGGUCUGGAGAAGCCUGGGGAGCUCAGGAUCCCACUAGCUAUCACCCUCGCCAUUGCAUGGGUGCUGGUCUAUUUCUGUAUCUGGAAGGGGGUCAGCUGGACUGGCAAAGUGGUGUACUUCUCAGCCACAUACCCUUACUUUAUGCUGUUCAUCCUGUUUUGCCGUGGCAUCACUCUACCUGGUGCAAUUGAUGGAAUUCUCUUCUAUAUCACACCAGAUUUUGCAAAACUGAAGGAGUCUGAGGUGUGGCUGGAUGCUGCCACUCAAAUCUUCUUUUCCUAUGGCUUGGGAUUAGGUUCUCUGAUUGCUCUCGGCAGCUACAAUACCUUUAAUAACAACGUAUACAGAGAUUCCAUCAUUGUCUGCUGCAUCAACUCCUUCACCAGCAUGUUUGCAGGCCUUGUCAUCUUCUCCAUCGUGGGAUUCAUGUCCAAUGUAACAAAGAGACCAAUCGCUGAUGUGGCAGCCUCGGGACCUGGCCUGGCAUUUCUGGCUUAUCCCGAAGCUGUGACCCAGCUGCCCAUCUCUCCUCUUUGGGCCAUCCUCUUUUUCUCCAUGCUACUAAUGCUUGGUAUCGACAGCCAGUUCUGCACAGUGGAAGGCUUCAUAACUGCACUGGUUGACGAAUUCCCUCACGUUCUCCGAAAACGCAGAGAGAUCUUCAUCGCAGUCGUCUGUCUUAUUUCUUAUAUCAUUGGACUGUCCAACAUAACACAGGGUGGCCUCUAUGUGUUCAAGCUAUUUGACUACUACUCAGCUAGUGGAAUGUGCCUGCUCUUCCUGGUUUUCUUUGAGUGCAUCUCAAUUUCAUGGUUUUAUGGUGUGGACAAAUUCUACGACAACAUUGAGGAAAUGGUUGGCUUCAGGCCCUGCCUGUGGUGGAAGGCCUGCUGGGUUGUUUUCACUCCGCUCAUUGUGGCUGGGGUUUUCUUGUUUAGUGCAGUGCAGAUGGUUCCGCUCACCAUGGGUGACUACGUGUUCCCACCCUGGGGCCAAGGCGUUGGGUGGUGCAUGGCCCUCUCCUCCAUGACCCUAAUCCCCGGCUACAUGGGCUACAUGUUUCUCACACUCGAUGGCACAUACAAAGAGCGUCUGCGGAUAAUGUUCAAGCCUGUGGUUCUGGUGAAGGCUCAGGAAAAUGGCCCAGACCAGCAGGCAGAAAACCUGAAUCAGAACCCCGCCAACGAGGAAGCCUACAUCUAGAAACUUCUGCCUGUCUUCUCUGUCUAAUCGGCAGACCGGCAAUCUACACAGAAGAAGAAGAAAAAAAACACAUAAUCAAGGUUGGGAACAACCACCAGACUUCCACGUCUGCUUUUAUUCACCUACCUCCUGGGGACACGUGAGACCAACCUGAUUACAGUUAUUUUUAGGGGUUUUUCUGUUUGUUUAUUUGUAUAAUACAGAGUUAUAAAACAUAUGAGGAAGAAAAAUUACCCAGCAAAACUGUUGUGAUGUUUUGAAUUUCAUUAUGCAAAAAAAAAAGUUAGUCUAUUUAGAAAAGGAAAUGUGAUUUAGGAAAUUACUGUAUAUUGAAUUUAUAAUUUAAAUUUGGAGGCCCACGUUGAUUCAAUAGUAUUGUGCUACUUUGAAGAUAUUAAUUAAUCUACUAAACUACAAUUACUGUACAAAGACAAAUAUUGGUUAAAUGCAUUUUGCUUGUUCAUAAAAAUACAUACAUUUAAAUGAAUGCAGUGUAGUAGGUGAAAAAAGUGCAUUGUGUGAAGUGAAAAUUCAAUUAAGACAAUAUGGGAAUGUGCAACAGGUAAGGCCAAAUCUGCUUGUAUGUGUAAAAUAUAACUGAGCCAGACGAUCACGGUGAUCUUGUAGUCCACCUAAAAUGUUUACCAACCAUGGGGUUACCUUUAAAAAGCACAAGAAGAGUAUGGGAUUUUGAAGCGUCCAGUUUUUUUUGGCUCAAUUGCAAUGUGAGACAACAGCAAAAAUAACUUACAUAGGGUACAUAGCAAGAGACUGUUAUAAUUGUUUCUUUAUUUUCUAAAGAACAAUAACUUUGUAUGUUGUCUGAAUCUUUUUUGUAGAAUCAUUUUUAGGUCAUUUUCUAUAUGUGACAGUGAGAAGGACCAAAAUCAUACUCACGGUAGAAGGAUUGGUGCAGAUUAUUAAUGGAUUAAAUCAAGCAACUCCUUUUUGUCCCUCUGAAGAGAAACAGAGUACUGUAGCAAAAACAACAUCCAUUACAUUACAAGCAUGAGUUUUGGAUUUGUAAACUACCACCUCUAACAACUAAACCCAACAUUUGCAUUGUGCGUACAGUAUUUAUGCUUGAGGUUGUUUAGAAAAAGCAGAAUUUCCCUCUCUGACAUCAAAAAAGGUUUAAAACAGUAAAGUGGAAAGAUAGAGUUGGGUUGCAAUCGAUAAUUCAAUGCUUAAACAUAUAUAUAUAUAUAUAUAUAUAUAUAUAUGUAUGUAUUUUGAACUGUGAGAUUGGAUAAGCUCCGGUGGCUGCUGCAUUGGAGACUAAAUGACAGAUUUCUAUGAUAGCUCCAUUUUUGCGACUGGAACAGUUUACUUGUAUAUCUAUUUAGUGACCCACUCAGGAACAAAGGUGGAAGUGACCAAAUUUUCUCAGUUCUCAGAUACUAUCAUUAAACACUGAAACAAUUAAAGCUAUAUUAAAUACAUAUAUAAAUAUAUCAGCAAACAUUCGCCAUAUUCUCCUAUUAUUCAAACAUGUUAACUUAUGUGGUAACAAAACAUGAACAUAUAUAUCUAUAAAUAUCUAUAUAUAUAUAUAUAUAUAUAUAUAUACAUAUAUAUGUAUAGAUAUCUAUAUAUACACGUGUGUGCAAACUGAAAAGCUGAUCCAAAACGUUCUUUUUUGUGUUAUUCAGUGAGCAUCAUUUCUUUCAGUGUAAAUGAACUGUGAUGGCCUUCACUCAGUCAUUUUAGUAGAAGCCAAACUUUGUUUCUAUCCUUUGGCUAUUACAGAUGUCCAGGAUGAGAUAAGGAGAGAGCACUUUUGGAUCUGUCAGCCGACAAAGCGAGCAAAAGCACUGUUAACGCAACAGGACAUAGCCAGACGCUAUUUACUGGAGGCCAACACCAAUUAAACUACUCUUUUCACAGGGUAAAGAAAAACAUAUUACAUAUCAAGUUUGCUCGGCAAUAUAAAAGAAUAUUAUGUAGAAGCAGACCACAGAUAUCACUGUAUUACUAUAAAGGAGGAUCAAGUAAAUUUGCUUCUGUGGCAGCUAAAUGCGACAGUAAUCAGGUAGAAACCAGUCCCUUUUAUUUCUUUUGUCUACGUUCUUUUUUUCAAAGAUAUGUGAUUUAAAAUGUGCAAUGACAAAGGGUUCCGUGAAUUUUGUAUUAAAGUUACCAUACUGCGGUUUUCUCUAUUGAAUGAUGUUGUAAACUGGACUGUGUAAUACAUGUAUCUGUGAAUGUCGGUACAACCUGAGUUUUUUCCUUUUGUCUAAAUGUUGAAAAAAAAAAGAUAUUAUUUGCUGUUUUCUGCCAUAAUAUUAUUAUCUCAGAAACUAAAGCACAUAUCUCUCUCAACUGUAAAAAUUACAAUAACAGAGUAGAGUAAUAUUUAAAAUGAUGAUAACAUUAAUAACAAUAACAAUAAUGAAAUAGAAAUGUUUAGUCAAAGAAUAUUGUUUUGUAUAUUUCUAGCUGUUUAUGGGCCUAAUGUAAAAUAUUCUAUGUAAAAACAUAUAAUAAAUGUCUUUAGAUGGUGUUAUAUGAAAAAGCAUGAUUGCAAUAUAUGUUAUCUGCAAAAAUAAAUAAAGACCUAUAGAUUAUAA